UUGAACUGGUGCCAUGCAGGGGGGGAGGGUGCCCUUCCGCCCGCCUCACCGCUCUUUUUCUUUGCAGUGUUAAAGAAACGCCUCGUGAAGCUCGUCGUCAAUUUUCUCUUCUACUUCCGGACAGACGAAGCGGAGCCCAUCGGAGCUCUGCUGCUGGAGCACUGCAGGAUCACCAAGGAGGAGGAGAACGUCUUCUCAAUCAGUUUCAUUGAGGAGCCGGAGAGGAAAUACUGCUUUGAAUGCGACAGUGAGGAGCAGUGUCAGGAGUGGAUCGAGGCGCUCAAGCGAGCCAGCUAUGAGUUCAUGAGGAGGAGCUUGAUUUUCUACCGGAAUGAGAUCCAGAAAAUGACAGGGAAGGACCCCCUGGAGCAGUACGGGAUCUCCGAGGAAGCCCGCUUCCAGCUGGGAACGCACAAGCAGUAACGCCCUCGCCUGGGCUGAGCUGGCUUCUGGCCGAGGGUCACCCCCAAGCCCCCACCAGGAAGAACAGCAGCAGUUCCCCACAGCGGUGACCAAGUGACUUUUUAAUUUAUUAGCCAAAUAAUUUUGUAUGAUUUUUUUUUUUUUUAAGGGAAUUCAUGGCACAUUCCCACUUGCCCCAGCCGGGGAGGCAGCCAGCUUUAACUGCUCUCUGCAGCCUCUGCCCUCGAGCUGGCCAGCGGCUGCACUGACACCGCACCGCUGCGACUAAAACCACCCGGGCUCCUAGUGAGGAGGCAGGGAUGGAACAGAGCCCCCGGCGCCUGCUGUCUCCAGCUCUAGCCUGGAGCUUCUGGACAGGCCCUGCACCAGCUCCAGCCCUCCUCUUCCUCCCUGUCCCUCUCCUGCAGGGAGCUACGCAGCUUUUCUGGCUCAGGCUCUUCCUGCAGUCUCUGGGAGCCAUCAGCUGUUCAUCCCCCUGCUGUAAGAGGAUGCUCUGACUGAUUGCACUUCUGUGCUUGCAGGAUUAACCCUGUCAUGCCCUCUCCAUUGCAAAGCCAUUGUGGUUGCUGGAGCCUGAUGGCCAGGCUGUGGGGCAGGCAGGAGGGGGGAGGCUUCCAUUAACACGGAGAGAGCUCAGCCACAGCUCCAGCUGCCGCUGCCAGGGCCGGGGCAUCCUCUCCCUUGUGUCCAGACAGCAGUGUCUGUGCAGCCACUAUCAGCUGCUUCUUGGGGUUGUUUUCUUCUUCUCCCUUCUCUGGGCAGGUGCUGCUGAUUCCUAGAGGCUUGCUGCAGCCCCAGCCACAGCCCGUGGGAGUGCUCUCACAAAUGCAUUAGAGGGCAAAGCUGCAAAAAGCACAAGGGAGCGAAGAGAGGGCUGAGGGGUCUGUGUUGUGAUCCUGCCUCCCUCUGGGGUGCUGUGGGCUGGGCUAAGCCGGGCAGUUACUCAGCUUCCCAGAGAGGAAAGCCAGAUGGAGAGGUUUGUAAAGAUGGGAACUGCUCCACUUUGGCUGGAUGUUUGAGCUUCAGGACGUGCAGAAGUUAAGCCCAGGGGGCACGUGGCAGACAUUAACGCUUCCUCCCCUGAGCCACUGCAGCUCUUCUCCCCUUUGUGAGCAUCCAAAGGGAAAGACCAGAAAACUCUGCCAAGGUCACAGCCAGCUGCUGGGGAGUAAGGGCCACCUUCCCCGGGGCUCCUGUAAUGGAGGGAGAAGGAACAACGGCUCUCCAGGUUCCGCACCUUCAGCCGUUGCUCUGGUUGCAUGAAGGAAAACUGCCCAGAGACGAGGGACGGACAGACGCUCCCCACCCCGCACCCAGGGCUGCGGGAGACCCCGGGUUCCCGACUCCCGCAGCCGGCUGCAGCAGCUCCCUGGAACCAGCCCGGGAAAAGCCCCAGGAGGGGCCCUAGGGAAGGUCCCAGGUAACGUCAGGCAGCUGAUGACUGAAGGAACUCAUCUCACUGCCAGGGCAGUACGAGGGCUUGGCCUGAGCUUUGGGGCUUUGCAGCUCUGGGCUUUGUUCCACCUGGCCAGCAGGACGCUGCGCUGCAGCUAACAAGCACAUGGUAAACGAGGUGGGGUAGAGCAGCCUGUGCUGUGCUCGGGGCCUGAAGGGAAGUUUUGGGUCUCUUCCUCUUUGGCUGGGAAUUGAUGCUGAAACAAGAGGCCAUCUUGCGGGCUUUAGUGGCCUGGCCUUCCCUCUUUACCUCAUGCUGCUGGGUACCAGAGAGUGGCAGAUGUCACUGAUGCUUUAUUUUUAACCUCGACAGCCAAGAUUUUUCCUUUCCCUUCAGUGGUUCCAGGUGCUUGCCCCAGAAUUUACCAAAUUAAGCAGAGGGGCAGCUGUCCUGCGUAAUAAGCUGAGGGCAUGGCAGGGUGGGAGCAGAAAAUAGGGCAGUUUGGAAGCCAGAUGGCAACCCUAGGGGAGGCAGCAAUGAGGGAUUAAAAGCCAGCACAUACGAGAGCUUGUGCUUUAGGGAAUUAGUGUCCUCAGCUGACUUUAAAGUGCAUUUUAAUCCUCACAAGCCUACUCUGCUUUACCUCAGUGCAGGGACACGUUCCUGACGUGCUGGUGGGGUACGCAGCAGCUUUACUUACUGUGAAAAAGAGACUCUGUCUGUCUGGUUGCUCGAGAGAGGACGGAUGGACACGCUCCAGGCUCGGCGGCAGGAUAACCAGAGCUGUGCCACAGCCGCUGUUUCUUCUUCCGUGGCCGAGCAGAGCAGAGGUGGGCUCCCCACCGCCGGUAUCGUGGCUCCCCACCGCCGGUAGCGUGGCUCCCCGGCUUCGGCCGUGGCUCGCCAGCAGCGAAUGCUCCCAGAGCUCCUGCCAGCCGCUGCGGGAGCCAGAACGUCCACGUCCAAACUCGGCUUCCCCGAGGUUCAGUGUCAGUGAAUUCUUCAAUACUCAAAGUCAACCCCGCAUAUAAACAAAACCCCUGGGAAUUCUGCCAACGUUCAAUCAUUUCUAGCAAACACAAUCCUACUGCUGCGGCGGGGGCCCCCGCCGUUUCUGCCAGCCACCUUCAGUAGCCAACAGUUCUCAGCCGCGUGCCUUCCAGGACGAGCGCCAGCGUCCUUUCUUUACGCGCCUUUCGGAAGGUAGCGCUGACACCCGCCAUCGUCGCUGUACAUAAAAAUGGGCAUUUUAUUUAGCUGUUAUGGGGAACAGGAGGGUGAGCGAGAGAUAAUCCCGAUGCUUAUUUAGAAGGCCACAAUGACAUUUCUUAAACUGAAUGUAAGACAAAUGCUGUGAAGAGUUACAGGGGCCGGCGGCGGGCCCGGUAACUUACUUAGAUUGACUUCUAGAAUAGCGCUAGGACACUGUGGUAGGUUUCAGGAGGAAGGGGAGAUGGUGCUUCUAGAGGCUCCGAGAUCUGAAUCAACUGCUGGUGAUUUAUAGACAAUUGUUCAUUUUUCACACUCUGGCCACAACGCGUUUUCUAUUUCAAUGGCCUGUGCCAACGAGCGCUGUGCACGGGCUCCCUGAAAGCGUACUGAAGCUGUUGUACAGUGAACAUUUCCAAUAAAAACUUGUUUUAAUCUUUC